GACGCAGUUAGUCGUUGCCUCCAGUGAAGUUAUGUCAUAAAGUUUAUAACGUUAGUAUAUUAUAUGUUAUAUUAAUAUAUAUAUGUUAUAUGUAAAACAAUUUUGUUCAGUGUGAGUGAAUAAUUGUGUUAAAAUGGCGGCUAAAGGGCUGAGAGUGCCUUUUGAAGAUGCUUUGAAUAUGACAGGCUACAGUCGGUACAACGCGUGCCUGUUCAUCCUCUGUGCCAGUAUCAUCGUGGGCAUGACCUACGAGAUCUUCUCCGUGUCCUACAUAGUGCCGGCCAGCGUCUGCGAGCUGCACACCACCAGCACACAGCAGGGGCUGAUGGCCAGCGUGCCGCUGAUUGGUAUCAUAACCACAUCCCACAUUUGGGGCUACCUGGCCGACACCAGGGGCCGGCGGAAGAUCCUCAUCAUCUCCAUGACCAUGACAUACCUCGCUGGCACAGCAGCCACGCUGUCACCCAACUGGAUUGUGCUGAGUCUACUCAAACUGCUCUCUUCUAGCUCAGUAUCAGGGUCUAUGGCGUUAUCAAUGACUUUACUGAGCGAGUGUACGCCCUCGGAGAAACGGAGCGGCCUAGUGUUGCUCACCACUAGUGCUUACCUCAUAUCUAUCGGAAUUAUGGCAGUGAUUGCGAUACCAGUUCUUCCACUGACCUUCUCUUUCUACAUUCCUGUACUGGACAUCUACUUCAACUCUUGGAGGCUGCUGAACCUCAUCUUUGCUGUGCCUUGUGCCCUGAGUGGUAUUGGCUGCUACUUUGCCAAUGAGAGUCCUAAAUACCUGGUCAGUGUUGGGAGAGAGGAAGAUGCCCUGGAGGUCCUCAAGCGGAUGUAUGUUAUAAAUACUGGGAAGAGUGCCGAUACUUAUACAGUAUCUGCUUUAGAAUUAGAAGAGGGACAGGUAUCAUCGUUUACCAAAGGAUUCUGGGGUUCAGUGGCUGCACAGACCAUUCCCAUGGUGAAACCACCACUACUGAAGAACACCUUACUUCUAUCUUUCUUAUUCGUCAUUUCUUAUAUCACAAUGAACGCUUUCUUCGUGUGGCUGCCUUUCAUAGUGAACGCAUUCAUGACGUCAGUGGUGGCUGGGGAGAGACAUCUAACCAUCUGUGAGAUGAUCAGGCUCUCUGCAAACUCUACAUCAGUUCAAGAGACUGGUGACUGUUCCAUGAACAGCCAAGCAAUGACCUUGGUGUUCGGUAUAGUGAUGGUGCUUGGAGUCUGCAACAUCUUCACCAGCGCCAUCAUCAACUGCAUCGGCAGGAAGACCCUCUUCGUUUGUAUGCAGGUCAUAGCAGGAGUAGCAGCGUUAGUCAUCAACUUCAGCCCCUUCUGGGUCCUUAGUGCCAUACUGUUCAUGGUCUUUUUGUCUGCAGUCUUCACUUUUGGUCUUCUGUCUUCCUUCUGCGUGGACGUCUUCCCUACUUAUGUCAGAGCCAUGGCAGUAUGUCUCACACUGAUGGUGGGUCGAGGCAGUGCUGUAGUCGGUAUCAAUGUCUUGAAGAAACUGCUUGACACGGACUGUGAAGCUGCUUUCUAUAUCUUCGGAGCUGUAGCUGCUGGUGGAGGACUAGUAGGUCUACUUCUACCUUCAGAUGCGAAAAUAAAGGAACAGAAAAAAGCAUUGAACCCGAGCCCUUGAACAUUAAAAGAUAAGAACUUACAAUUUUUUGUACAUACACUAAGUUUAAGUGUAUACUAAACUUUCAGAUGUGAGAAAGAGAGGUCGCUGGUUUUAUAGCUCCAUCUCUCUCACUAAGAUGUUACUAAAACCACAGUGGAAAUUGUAAAAUAAGCCCUAAGUACUUAUAAUUAAGGUUGACAUUUGUAUAUUACAGAUAAUGAUUAGUGUUACUGAUGGAUUAAAAUUAAAUAUGGAAAUGGGUUUGUUGACUGAAGUGAAGUGCAUUGAUGAACCGAUUAUAGUUCUUGAGAUAAACACAAUAAGGUAUUUUUUUACACAAUGAAGGUUUUUUGUUAGUCAAGGUUAUAAGUUUGUAAAUUAAUUGAGAGAAAAGCAAUGCAAUUGUGUGAUAAUAAGAAUAGUCUUAAUAUUUAAAAAUGUAAGUAUUGUGUGAUUGUGUUAGCGUGUGAAGUGAAAUAAAUUAAAUUAUUUUGUUUGUUUUUA